AUGGCCGAGAAAAAGCUGAUUACUGUGUUCGGUGCCACUGGCCUCCAAGGGGAUAGUGUCGUCGAGACCUUUCUGAACGAUCCCAAGUUGAGGGAAGAAUGGGCUGUUCGUGGUGUGACUCGCGAUGUCAACAAGGCCUCCGCGAAAGAGCUUGCUAAGAGAGGUGCCGAUGUUGUCUCGCUGACAACCUGGCGCCAGGGUGAUAUGAACGACACAGAGAGCCUCGUCAAAGCUAUGAAAGGCUCACACACCGUCUUUGCGAACACCAACUAUUGGGAGGCAUGCGACAAAGCUGGGGAGGUCCAGCAGGGCAAGAACCUGGCCGAUGCCGCCAAGGAAGCCGGUGUUCAGCACUACAUCUGGAGCACUCUCGAGAACGUGAACAAGCAGACCAACGGAAGACUUCCCGACGUCUACCACUUCGAUUCAAAGGCCGAAGUCGAUGAGCACGUCAAGUCCUUGGGAAUUCCAGCCACGUUAUUCCUCGCGGGCUUUUACAUGUCAAACUUCUUUGGUGUAGACCAGGUCUUCAGACCGGUACCACCAGAUAACACCUGGACUAUGGGUCUACCUAUGGCUCCUUCGGUCGAAUUGCCCCUAUUCCAUACUGAUGGCGCCGACAAAUACAUCAAAGCAAUUGUCAACAACCGACACAAGCUGCUCGGUCAGAAGUUCCUCGGCGCGACCAAUUACAUGACGCCUCAGGGCAUGCUCGACGGGUUCAAAACCGCGUUUCCCAAAGCCGGUGCGACCGCGCGCUAUGUGGAGAUGGCCAAGGAGGAAUGUAUGGAUAUAUACAGAAACAAAGGGGCGCCGGAGUAUGUCGCGCUCGAGGUGUACGAGAUGUUCCGGUUUUAUGAGGAAGCUGGGUACUAUGGCGGCGCCUCGCUUGGCGGGACACACGCGCUCGUGGAGGACCCUUUGACCACUUGGGAUGACUAUCUCAGACAGGAGCCUGCGUGUGCCGGACUUGAAUAG